AUGAAGCAGUUGUUUUUUAUUUUCACCAGGAAUUCCCCGAAAAAACCGGCAACGAGGAACAAAAUGACUUUUGAGGGGACUCCCCGUGAGAGAACCUUCAUUUGUGUGAAACCCGAUAGUGUCCAACGGGGUUUGAUUGGUGAUAUCAUCAAGAGAUUCGAGCAGAAGGGCUUCAAGCUGGUUGCCAUGAAAAUGAUGCAGGCAUCUGAGGAAUUGCUCAAGGCCCAUUACGAGGAACACGCUGCCAAGCCCUUUUUUCCGCCUCUGGUCAAGUACAUGGGAUCUGGGCCUUUGGUACCUAUGGUUUGGGAAGGACAAGGUGUUGUCAAGAUGGGCAGGAUGAUCCUGGGGGAAACGAAUCCCUUGGAUGACCAGCCUGGCACGAUUAGAGGAGACUACAGCAUUCGAAUGGCCAAGAAUGUUGCACACGGGUCGGACGCAGUGGAAUCUGCGAAACGCGAAAUUUCUCUGUGGUUCACGGAUUCCGAGUUGAAUUCCUGGAGUCGGUGCGAUGACAAGUGGAUUUAUGAGUGA